CAAAUGCAAAUGCAUCGAUACAACUAUAACAAAAUGGACGCAGGUGGAGCACGGCAGCAGGCUCAGCAUCCUCAGGCUAGUAGUCUGAUGCAACAAAUAUUACAUGAUUCGCCACAGCAAGAAUUUCAUCUGCAAGUAGGAAACCCGAUGCAAGGUAGUCCGAUGUUGAUGCUCCCUGCACAUGAUCAACAAGGUCGACGUCCUUAUAGUGAUGGUGCUGCCCAACCACAUGGAAGUAGGAGGAAAGUCCAUCUCCUACCUGGUGGUUCUGUAAUGUCAUCAAGGGCGACUGGAGUGGCUGCCAACAUCACAACCACGACUAGGCCGAAUCGCAGUCAGAGUUACCAAAAUGAAGUGAGGAGGAGCAAUGCCACUGCAGGACCUGCUAUGAUAGAGGGUCCACCAUGCUUGAGACAACAAGAGCAUCAGCUACAUCAAGAACAAUCUACUGAAUCCGCUCAGAAGGCACAUCAAUCUCGGCUACAUGCUCGUGCCCUCCGUCUCAAUGAAGUACCAUUAG